GGUCACCCUUGCAUUAGGCUAAAUUUCUAUAAGUCACACUGAGCCAUUAAUACGACGACUCUCUUAUUCCAACUCUUACAUUUUACAAUUGGGAAUGAGUAUGCAGAGAUGUCUGAGUGGAAUGGGGCUUCUAGCCUAAGGUACUAGUCUGUUCUAAAGGCGCUCCUGGCCCUUUAAGAGCGGAGGGAGGGGGUUCUGAACCGCUUGGCUGCGGUGUUUUUGUCUCCAUGUCAGUGAGCGCUCCUGGCCCAAGACGUCUGAACGGAUUUAUAAGGAGAGGUGCUGACCGUGAGAAAGAGGGGAGGGAAGAAAAAGAGGAGAGAAGAGAAGCCAGAGUGAGGAGGAGAGACCAACCCUGCAGCACUCUGAGCAGCUGGUGAGGUUUUGUGGGUAAACGUGUGACAUCAUGGCUCAGGUGCUGCACAUGGACCCCAGCUUCCCAGGAGGGAAGCUUACCCCGGCCGCUCCCCCUUCCCUGCACGGGAAGGAGCAGGAGGCGCCCUACUCUGUGGAGACCCCCUACGGCUACCGUCUGGACCUAGACUUCCUCAAGUAUGUCAACGACAUUGAGAAGGGCAACACCAUCAAGAAGGUGCCCGGUCAGCGCCGGCCCCGCUACGGGUCUCUCCCCCGGGGGUACGGCUACACAGGCUCCUGGUGGACCUCCACAGAGUCCCUGUGCUCCAACACCAGCCAGGACAGCCGCCAAUCAUCCUUCUCCUACUGCGCCCCGGGCUACCACCCACACAGCUCCCACUCCCAGAGGCCCAGCUUCAGUAUGGCCCGGGUGGAGAAGACCCUGCUGGACGCCCGCAGGAAGUUGGAGGAAGAGAAAGAAGGGGCCCCCAGGAGGUUCUCUAGCACACUGGGUAGCAUGCACAACAGCAUGGCCGGAUCCACCACCUCCCUGAGCAGCGCCCAUAGCUACAACCGCACCCAUGGAGGAGGAACGGGCUCCUUCACCCCCAUGAGUUCCGGCCUGUCCACGCCCGUGUCGCCCACCCCGGCCCACCUGCAGCAUGUGAGAGAGCAGAUGGCGGUGGCUCUCAGGAAGAUCCGGGAGCUGGAGGAGCAGGUGAAGACCAUCCCCGUGCUCCAGGUGAAGAUCUCUGUGCUACAGGAGGAGAAGAGGCAGCUAAGCGUACAGCUGAAGAGCCAGAAGUUUCUGGGACACACCCUUGGCUUCGGCAGAGUGGGCCGGCCCCGAGGGGAGCUCUACAUCGACAUCCCAGAAGAGGAGGUGAGCUCUGGAGCUGGAGCCACCACCAGGGUUGCAGCAGGGCCUCUGUCUCCCACCACCCCCACCAGUCCUGAGGACUCCAGGCCGCAGGCAGACUCAGGCUGUGAGAUUGAGGACACGGUGAUUGUGGGUGGAGCGCGGCCGGCUGGGCAGAGGGAAGUGCGUACCAUUGGGGUGGGACCAGAGGAGGCGAGGGGCAGCCAGCAGGUGGAUGUGGGCAUUGGGGUGAAGGAGCAGGACCUGGGGCUGGUGCCGGAGACAGAGGCCCUGAAGAGCCAGGUGGGCCAGCUGGAGGGCCAGCUGAAGAGGAUGAUGCAGGAGCUGCAGGCUGCCCAGCAGCAGGGGCAGGCAGCUCAGAGGGAGAGGCAGGCUCUGGCCCCCCAGGCAAACCCCUCGGUCAGGGCCACCAGUCUGAGCUGGCAGGAGCAGCAGGGACGCAGCCUGCAAACGGUAGUCAGCUUUACCCAGCAGCCCCAUCUCCGGGCGCAGAGAACUGUGGGAAUCCAGGUGUACACGCUGGAGCAACCAGCCACUGUGGUGGGGGUGGGCACGUUGCUCCGAGCAGAGGGGUGCAGCUCCCCCUCCCUCCCUCCAGGUGGUACAGUCCUGGAGGGAACCCAAAGAGGACAUGCACAGGCCCUGGGCCCAGAGGAUGCAGCUGUUGAGCUGCCCAUCGCCAUCUCCUCCAAACAGGUCCGAGACGUGCUAAGAAGUGAGCUGUCCACCUCUGUGCCUGUCACUAAUCCUGCCAUCGCCAUUGAUACCAUUGGAAAUCAGAUGGCUUUGCUGUAUUUGAAGGAAGGAGAGACACCCCAGCACACUGCCAUAAACACCAUCCAUUAUCAAGAACACCCAUCAAAGCCAGCUGCAGCAGCCUCUCCCCAGACUGCCCUGAGGUCCAUUAUGAAACAUAAGGCAGAAGGAGAACCUGGCUCUCCAUCCACCAAGAAGAACCUGCAGUUCACUGGAGUCAAUGGAGGGUAUGAGUCCACCUCCUCAGACGACAGUAGCAGUGAGAGUUCAGAGGAGAGUGAUGCCAGUGAAUAUCAUGAGACCACAGAGAAACUCCCAGAAGCACCAGAGUCUGCAGCGGGACAGCACCAGCGAGCAGCAGCAGUCCCAGUCUCUUCCACAAGGCUAGAGCAUGCCACCCCGCUCCCAGCCACUACCGUCCAACCACCAGCCUGCGAACCUGCCUCUGAGCGGAGCACCAGCCAGUCAGCAACCAUCAGCAUAGGACUGCAGCAUGCAGCCACCUCAUCACCAGCCGUGAACACUGCCGUGCAGCAAUGUGCCUCUGACUCUGCCCCCACUGAGACUACCUACCCGUCUCCAGCCAAUGACUGUGUCCGUCAGGGGAGUAUUGUCCAAUCAUCGGUCCCAGACCCCAUCCCUCAGGAGUGUACCUCCAUAAAUACUAGCACUGAACCCACUACACCUGAGCAGUGCCCCAUCCAAUCAGCAGCUACCUGUUCUGCACCCCCCAAGCCACCCAGAUGCCAACCAGAAGCCACUAACCCGGAAGUAAAGCAGGGUGUCACCCAAUCAAAUACCACUGGUGUCACCGUUCAGCUAGAUGCCAUCAAAUCACAAACUUCUGACCUCGCCCCUCAGCAUUGGGCCACCCAAUCGUCAGCUACUGAACAAAGCUCCCAGCAGAGGAUAGUCCAAUCAUCAGCCUCGACACCAGCACCUGGAAACGCCCCAAGUGCUACUGGAGCAGCCAAUCAAGAAACCAGACUGGAGUUCAGUGAGAGCCUGAUGUCAUCUCUCCAUGCCCUGCAGAAAGCCCUGGGUGAACCCAAUGCUUUCAGCCAGCAAGCAGCGAGGACAGCCUACACCACGGUGCUCCAGGAGUGGCUUCGGGUGUCCUGUCACAAGGCAGCUGACACUGCCAUGGUCAGGGCCUAUAUGGAUACCUUCUCCUCCGUCUCCCCACAGCUGCUGAAGUUUGUGGUCAAUAUGGCCGACGGCAACGGCAACACGGCCCUGCACUACACCGUCUCCCACUCCAACUUCCCUGUGGUCAAGCUGCUGCUGGACACUGGCCUGUGCAACGCUGACAAGCAGAACAAGGCCGGGUACACAGCCAUCAUGCUGACAGCUCUGGCUGCCUUCCACUCUGACAGUGACCUUCACACCGUCCUGCAGCUGCUGCGCACAGGGGACGUGAACGCCAAAGCCAGCCAGGCGGGUCAGACGGCGUUGAUGCUGGCAGUGAGUCACGGGCGAGGGGACAUGGUCCGGGCGCUGCUCUCCUGCGGGGCACAGGUCAACAUCCGCGACGACGACGGCUCCACGGCGCUCAUGUGUGCCUGCGAGCACGGCCACGUCGACAUCGUGCGUCAGCUGCUGUCUGUGCCAGGCUGUGAUGUCACCCUCACUGAUAACGAUGGCAGUUCAGCCCUGUCCAUAGCCCUGGAGGCCAGUCAGAAUGACAUCGCUGUGCUUCUCUACGCUCACCUCAACUUCGCCAAGCCUCCUUCCCCUGUAUCACCAAAGUCUCCUCUUUUGGGAUCCUCUCCACCCUCUGGUGAAACAAAGUGACCACACAGUUAGAUACCUUUUGGCGAAUUUAGCAGCACCGCUUCAACCAGCUCCUCAACCAUUCCACCACAAGUGUUGAUAUCUGUGUAUAUAUGUGUGUGUGUGUUCGUGUAUGUGUGUGUCAGUCUGUCUGUGUGUAUUUGUGUGUGAGAGAGUGAUUGUAAUGGUAUUUUCCUCUUCUCUCUGUCUGUUCUCUCUGUAUGUACUGUAUGUGCACGUCGGCAUGAAACCCAGCACUUGACACAAUCCUAACGCGUCUUUUCUUUAAACAAAAAGGAAUUCAUUGUGAUGCUAUACUCACAUAUAGUUCUUCACGCACAAGCGUCUGUUUUUUUGUUACAGUGUUGGUUGAAAUCAAUCUCAGAAAAUAUUCACAUGACAGAAUAAGCAGUUCCCAUUGUAACAGCUCGACACACAAUCUCAAAUCAGCAAUAAUCCCACUUGCAUUCAUUUUGUGUUUUUUAUUGCCACUAGAUAAGCAAUAUUGUAUUACUUUACUGUAGUUCAUUAUUGUAGCUUAUUUUUUGUUCAUAUGCAUUUGUUACUUAUUACUGUACAAGCAAUAUAUGUCAUUCUAUAUGUCAUUCUAUAUGUCAUUGAUAAUCGAUUAGUUGCAAUGACACAGUAGGAAUAUGUUGUCUCAUCCCAAUCAUUUAUGAAACGUAUAAAGUCACCCAUAUCACUGUAGAAUUAUGAAUUCACCCAUAUCAUUCGAAAACUACCAAAUCACCCAUUUCAUUCUGAAAUACACAUAUCUCUCUGAAGUGUCCUUUAUCGAUUGUAUCAGUCAGCUGAUUGGUGCUAAAACAAUUCUGAUACAGGACUCCAGUUUAAUUCUGCACAAUAGGUCGAGAUUUCUACACAACCUUUAUUUACCCUAGAGUAUUUUUGAUAGUGUCUUUUUAUUCAAUCCACAUUUCGCAGAGGUAACGGUAUGGAUCUCCAACACUGUUAACAGAUGACAGACUUUACACACAGCAUUGCUACUUUAGAUGUCAGACAGCUAGCUGUGACGAGGCCUACAGCACCCUUACCAGGAUGCUGUUGUUUGAAAUGAUGGUCUUAGUGGCUAACUUCCAACCACAUUUUAGUCAUGGUAACAGUUAACCAUUUUUUCUGAAUUUUUAUCCAAAGAUCUUCCCCUCAUAACAACUAUUUUGUUACACUGUAUGUUGUGGUGACUCAGUUUGAGUGUAAAGAUAAUAUGUAUUGACCAGACAGAUCAUUCUCAACAAAAGAUUUGGUAACAGCAACAAUUAUCGUUGAGGUCAAUAACAGUUGUAAUGUUCAUGAGAAGGCAACUAGAAACGAUAGCUUCUCUAACUCUCCGAUAAAGGUACUACAUUUCUGAAAUGAAAGAUUGUUUAUUUUCUUGAAUAAAGGUUUUAUGAGUGGUUUUACUGAGGGAAGGAGAGACGUGGGGUGUUUGGGUACUGUCUAGGGUGUGUAAGGUGGUAGGCAAGGUUAAACUUCCUGUUCAGUGGUCACCCUUUUUGGAUUGGUUGGUAACUAGAAAGUGACAGAAUGGACUAUGGAUCUAAUGAAGAAUUUGCAUUGUAAUAUAGGUAUACCAAAAUUAUAAUAAUAUAUGACAUGAUUCUACAGUAGUAGUGAUGCAUAAAAUUAUAAUUUAAAAAAGAUUGAAGUCCAGAAUACAAAAAUACACUGAGCAUACCAAACAUUAAGGACACCUUCCUAAUGUGGAGUUGCCUCACCCUCUGAACGGCACACAUACACAAUCCACGUCUCUAUUGUCUCAAGGCCUAAAAAUCCUUCCUUAACCUGUCUCCUCCCCUUCAUCUACAUUGAUUGAAGUGGUUUUACAAGUGAUGUCAAUAAGGGAUCAUAGCUUUCAGCAGGAUUCACCUGGUCAGUCUAUCAUGGAAAGAGCAGGUGUUCUUAAUCUUUUGUAUGCUCAUUGGUGUCUCAAUCUGGAAUACCUGGGAUAGAAUAAAGUAAUCCUUCUAACCCCCCCCUUAAAAGAUUUAGAUGCACUAUUGUAAAGUGAUUGUUCCACUGGAUAUUAUAAGGUGAAUGCACCAAUUUGUAAGUCGCUCUGGAUAAGAGCGUCUGCUAAAUGACUUAAAUGUAAAUGUAAAUUUGGAUUUCUCUUUUUACAUCAAUUUUUUCCCCCCACCUUUAAAAUAGGAUUUCCUGAGCAAUUGGAUUUUAUAACGUUUUAUAUUUGUUUUACUUUCUUUUUUAUACAUUUAUAUUUGUAUUACUUGUUCACAACUAUAGGUUUACCUACUCGCACAUUUGUUUUUGUUUUUUGACUUCUGUAAAAUGCUCCGUUUGUAUUUUUCCCCAUUUAGUUUUAUGGGUUUUUGGAAGAAAAUAAUAAAUCAGCCUUCAUCGUAAA